AUGGUUAGAUACGCUGCUACUUCCUCCAACCCUGCUAAGUCCGCUUCCGCUCGUGGUUCUUACUUGAGAGUUUCUUUCAAGAACACCAGAGAAACUGCCCAAGCUGUUUCCGGCUGGAACGUUCAAAAGGCUUUGGUCUACUUGGACCAAGUCUUGGACCACAAGAGAGCUAUUCCAUUCAGAAGAUUCGCUCACUCCAUUGGUAGAACCGCCCAAGGUAAGGAAUUCGGUGUCACCAAGGCUAGAUGGCCUGCCAAGUCUGUUAACUUCAUCAAGGACUUGUUGCAAAAUGCUCAAGCCAAUGCUGAAGCUAAGGGUUUAGAUGCUGAAAAGUUGAAGAUCUCUCACAUCCAAGUCAACCAAGCUCCUAAGCAAAGAAGAAGAACUUACAGAGCUCACGGUAGAAUCAAUGCUUACCAAUCAUCUCCUUCUCACAUUGAAAUCAUUGUCACUGAAGAAGAUGAGAACGUUGAAAAGGCUGCUGAAGACAAGCAAGUUAGAUUGAACGCCAGACAAAGAGGUAGAAUUGCUUCUCAAAAGCGUUUGGCUUCUGCUUAA